UGUGUAUGGGCGGAGAGAGGAUACCGGCAUCAGCUGCAGGGUGUGUGUUGGAUUUAACAUGAAAAGUUACUGAGAAUACCGACAGCAUUUUAUAGUUAAAGGAUUCCUUCUUGGAGAUGAAAGAUUCUUUAUUGUCGUAAUCCUGGGAGAGUCCGUGCAGCAAUGAGACGCCAGAGGUCAUGUUCACCAGUAUUCCAGGACGGUGUGAUGUUUUCGAUGAAAACUCUGCUGUUCCUGUUCAUCCUGACAUGGCUCAUGGUGAUGAUUCACUCAGACGAGGAUUACUAUAAGAUGCUGGGUAUUUCGAGAGAAGCCAGUACCCGGGAGAUUCGACAGGCCUUCAAGAGGCUCGCUCUUACCAUGCACCCAGAUAAGAAUCCAAACGAUGAGAGCCACGAGAAGUUCCUGAAGAUCAACCGCGCAUACGAGGUGUUGAAAGACGAAGACCUGAGGAAGAAAUACGAUAAAUAUGGAGAGAAGGGUUUGCAAGACGAGCAACAAGGAGGCAGAUACGAAAGCUGGAACUACUACAGAUACGAUUUUGGCAUUUAUGAUGACGAUCCAGAAGUGAUUACUCUGGACAGAGGAGACUUUGAUGCAGCAGUGAACUCCGGAGAGGUUUGGUUCGUGAAUUUCUACUAUCCCCGAUGUUCCCACUGUCACGAGUUGGCGCCGACGUGGCGGCAGUUUGCCAAAGAGAUGGACGGCGUGAUCCGGAUCGCUGCGGUAAACUGCGGGGACAACACCAGGCUGUGUCGCAGCAAAGGCAUCAGCAGCUACCCGAGCCUGUUCGUCUUCAGAGCUGGCACGAAUCCAGAGAAAUACUACGGCGACCGCUCCAAGGCCAGCCUCACCCAGUUCGCAAUGCAGUUUGUGACGACCAAAGUGACGGAGCUGUGGCAAGGGAAUGUUUUCACUGAGCUCGAUCAAGCGUUUGCUGCCGGAAUCGGGUGGCUCAUAACCUUCUGCUCCGACACCGGGGAUUGUCUGGAGUCUCAGACGAGACAGAAACUCGCCGGAAUGUUGAAUGGUCUAGUGAAGGUGGGCUGGAUGGACUGCACCUUACACACUGAUCUGUGCGAAAGCUUCGACGUAGUGACCAGCACGACGGCUCUGUUCCCCCCCGGCAGCUCCCUCACGCAGGAGGGCAGUGUGCUGUUUUUGAAGACUCUGGAUGCCCGAGAGAUUUAUACACAGGUGUUGCAGCACAUGCCCGACCUGGAGAUUCUCACCAAGCAGAGCUUCGAGGACAAGUUGGCUCGACACCGUUGGCUGAUCAGUUUCACCUUUGGGGAGAAGAACAUGGCCACCCACGAGUACAAAAAGCUCAGCACUCUGCUUAAAGACUCCCACAUACAGGUCGGGAAGGUGGACUGCGUGUCCGAGUCGGAGCUGUGCGCGUCCCUCUACAUCCAGAAACCCUGCGUCGCUGUUUUUAAAGGCCUCGGGAUUCACAACUUCGAGAUCCACCACGGUAAAGACGCGCUGUAUAACAUUGUGGCGUUUGCUAAAGAGAGCGUGAGCGCCCACGUUACCACACUGCGGCCAGAGAAUUUCCCUCGGGACGAGAAAGAGCCCUGGCUGGUGGAUUUCUUCGCCCCGUGGUGUCCCCCGUGUCGUGCCCUGCUUCCUGAACUCAGAAAAGCCUCUGUUCAGCUUCAUGGCCAGAUGAAGUUCGGCACUCUGGACUGCACCAUACACGAGGGACUCUGCAACAUGUACAAAAUUAACGCCUAUCCAACCACCGUGAUCUUCAACAAGUCCAGCAUCCAUGAGUACGAAGGUCACCAUUCAGCAGAUGGCAUUCUGGAGUUCAUCGAGGACCUGGUCAAUCCCGCGGUGGUGACUCUGGACCCCGACUCUUUCCAGCAGUUGGUGAAGAAGAGGAAACAUACAGAAACAUGGAUGGUGGACUUCUACGCGCCGUGGUGUGGCCCAUGCCAGGCUUUGCUCCCUGAGUGGAGGAGGAUGGCUCGGAUGCUGAGUGGGAUGAUUAGCGUGGGAUCAGUGGACUGUAAGAAGUACCACUCAUUUUGCCAGAGCGAGAACGUGCGCGCCUACCCCGAGAUCCGUCUCUACCCACAAAACAGCAACCGCCGGGACCAAUACCAUAGCUAUAAUGGCUGGCACAGAGAUGCCCACUCCCUCAAGACCUGGGCACUCACCUCCCUGCCCCGUGCCUCAGUCGACUUAUCGCCUGAGGAUUUUAAAAGGAAGGUUCUGGAAGGGAAGGAACACUGGGUGCUGGACUUCUACGCCCCGUGGUGUGGCCCGUGCCAGCAUUUCGCCCCGGAGUUCGAGAUCCUCGCUCGGAUGCUGAGGGGCACAGUGCGGGCAGGGAAGGUGGACUGCCAGGCGCACUAUGAUAUGUGUCAGCGUGUGGGUGUCCGGUCCUACCCCACUGUCCGCUUUUACCCGUACCUCGGCACUGCGCGGCGAGAGCAGGGAGGAGAGUCCAUCAACAGCCAAAACGCCAACGUCAUCUCGGACAUCAUCCAGCAGCGACUCCAGCAGUUCAGCAAACAGAAGAAACCCAAAUUCAAGGAUGAGCUAUAAAAAUCUACUUUUUUACUUUUAUCCACUGAAUCUUUGACCUGUGGCAGAAUGGACUGUACUUUACACACUCCCGGGAUGUUAAGACUUUUAUUGAGCUGUAUAGCACCAGAGAAAGUGUGUGAAAGAAAGUAUUUGUACCUCAGUGUGCACGACGAGACAUCACAACAAGAACAACUCUGCAGUUCUUCUAAGCACCACCAAUAUGAUGGUUACCGAAACGAGGCGAGGUUUCUGACCCGAAUUAUGUCGACUGUGUCUCAUGUACAUGAUGUUUCUCUCAGCGUCAUCAUGAAUCCAGACAGUUUUCUUCUCUGCGUUGGUUAUUAUUUUUAUCCCAGUGUUGUGUUACAGAGUGUGAGAGCAUGAUAGUAUAAAAUGUUUUUAUUUAAUGCGGCUUUCAGGGACAGUGUAUGUAUAAUGAAAGGUUUUGUUUCACCUGUAUUUCUACUCACGCACUGUAAUCAUUCAUGCAGUUUGGUUUUCGAUGGUUAUUACAUUUUGUAAUAUCGCCUUACUUUGAAUUGAAGAUUAUCAACAGUAUCGAGACUAUUCUCUUCUUGAGCAAAGAAUUACUGGACUGCAAAGCAAUAAUUGUCCUGUAGUGUUGGGAUUGGCCAUUCUGUAGUCAGGAAAAUGAAUAAUGUAUUCUUAUUUAUUCUCUUGUCCACGUCAUGGUCAUGUACUGCUGCUUUGUACAGAUACAUGGUGUAGAAUAAAGGGUAUUUCUCUUUUUUAUA